GAAUAGCAUCUUUUAUUUCUAUAAGGAUUUCCAGUAUACUUUCGAAGAUUGAGAAUAAUUUUGCCAAUCGAUAACAGUCUGUGGUCGAUAACGCUCGUGCAAAAUGUGGCUGUUCGUUAGUUUGUUAAAUUUCAUCUACUUACUUAAGUUGUGCAGUGGUGCGGUUUCCUACGGCGGUUGUGAUUACGCCUACAGCUACCCCUCGAAUGCAGUCGGAUACAUUCAAUCACCGAACUGGAGCAACUAUUAUAAGGGUGGCACGAAUUGUCGCUUCACGAUCCAAGCUCCCACCAGGCACUACAUCUACGCUCAGUGUUACGAUAUGUAUCUACCGUCCAGCUAUGGUUGUUAUUCUGAUAAAGUUUUAGUUUCACCUACCGGAGAUAGCAACCUCGGUGAUGCAGAAGUUCGAUGCGGUACGACAACGUUCAACGUAGCUUCGACCGGGAACAGGAUGGUUAUAGCUCUGCAAAGCUCGACCCAAUCCACGGGUGGACGUUUCCGAUGUCAGAUAACUGCCGUGCCGCUGAAGUGCGACUGUGGCACUCGAUUGACGCCCUUGAUAGUGGGCGGAGAAUCCACUCAACCGAACGAGUUCCCUAUGACAGCAGCAAUCAUUGAAAUUUCAUCCAAAUCUCUAGUGUGUGGCGCAACGAUUAUAACCGAUCGGCAUGCUUUGACGGCAGCACACUGCAUCUCCGGACGCUCCAUUUCCAACUCCGCCCUGUUGGUGGGUGACCAUAACAUGCAAACCGGAUCGGAUACACCCUAUGCCAAAGCGAUGCUUAUUUCCACCUUCACUGUCAAUUCGGCCUAUAACCCGACGACGAAAUCAAACGACAUAGCUCUUGUCAGAACGGCCGAUCAGAUCAUCUUCAAUCCCGGAGUCAACCGGGCCUGCUUACCGUACAUCUACGCUAGUGCGAACUUCAAUUACGUUUACCUGACCACUCUCGGUUGGGGUACGCUAGAUUUUGGUGGUGCCAUGGCGACUGAUCUUCAGAAGGUAGAUCUACAGGUAAUCGAUCUUGCCACAUGUCGAUCCAAACUGUCCGGGAUGAACGUGGUGCAGGACAAUCAGAUCUGUACCUAUACGCCCGACAAGGACAGCUGCCAGUUCGAUUCCGGUGGACCCAUGUUGUACGUGGACCGUUCCAGUGGCAAAACGUACGCCAUUGGAGUGAUCAACUAUGGAAUCACGUGCGCGUCAAGAUAUCCUAGCGUCAGUGCCCGGGUUACGUCGUACUUGAGCUGGAUUGAAGCUAACACCGGCUACAGCUUCUGCGAGAAGCCAUAAUAGAAAUGUGUCGGGCUGAAAUAAUGGAAAUAAUAAAAUGAAUUCGAAGUUGGAAACGCUUUUAAAAAUAA